AUGUCAAGAAAAAUUGAACAGCGGCGACAACGAGAAGGUGUCGCUGAUAUAUUCCGCUCCCAGCCUACUCCUCCGUCAUUAUCAACCCGUAACUCUUUUUUACCACAUAUUCAAAGCCGUGGGUCUCGUGAGUUUAUUAGUGCAGAACAAGCUGAAACCCCCAAAGCAACUUUUAUCCCUGAAGACGCUCCAAUGAUCGAAAUGCGUGGCAGAAUCCGUGAGCUUGAGCUCCAACUACUUGAUAUAGUUUUUAGCACUCUUUUAAUCUGUUAUUAUUUUCAUUAGCCUUAAGCUAGCAAUGUGGAAUCAUUAUAUAGAAUUAAUUUCAAAUAGACUUGUCAACUUGAAGCUGAUUAACCAAUAUAAUAAUUCUCAGAGAAAAAGAGUCCUGAAUGCGCUUACCACACACCUAAGCUAUAUCCGUGCAAGUAUUGAGCGAAGACUUAUCGGCUUUGGUGAUGAUUUUCCUAAUCGUCUUCACAAAGAGCUGAAAAUAAUAGAAGAACGUGACACUCAUCUCUGAAAAGACAACGCUCAGCAGCUUCUCAUGCUGCAAGAUGCUAUAAAGAUCAUAAAAAAUACCAUGCAGACUUCAUUUGAAAAAAUGUCAAUUGAAAUGAAUGGAAUGAGGCGAAAAGUGGAUCAGUUAGAAUUAAAGAAUUCUUCAGCUGAAAGAGAAAUCGAGCAUUUAAGCAAGAUGCCACGAGCAAUUAUGCCGCCUGAACCUCAAGGCGUGCCUAAUGAAGUAGCUUUAAACAUCCAAAGCUUAAAAGAAGCUUUAAUAGAAGAAAGAAGACAAAGAGAUCAAUCUCAACAAGACUCAUAUAAACAAAUUCAAGAACUUUAUCAACAAAUGAGAAACCAAGAAAAAGAAAUGGCAAGGAGAUUCCAACAGUAUAGGGAUGAUAUCAUGGAAGCUCAAAAAGGAAGUCGACAUCAGGCAACUGCGCUUGAACAAACAAGGGAAGAAAAAAAUAGAAAUGAAGCUGAAUAUAUAAAAAGUGUUUUAGGAAAUAUGCAGAAAAGAGUGGAUGAAGAAGCAUCGAUAAGAACACAAAUUGAAAGGGAGUAUAGACAGUGGACUGAAGGAAAAUUACAGUUUGUGCAAGAAUUUAUAUGAUAGAUUUCUAAAUAUUAUGCAAUUUAUAGUAUAGACAAUUGCCUAGAAUUGGCAGAUAAGGACUCAGUGAUGGAGAGUUGACAAAUGAUUUUUUGUGACUCAAUUGCCAAAUCUCCAGUGGUUAGACUAACCUGGGUUGGCCUGAAAAGAGGAUUCCUCCAUCUUUACGGACUUAUCAGGCUAUUCUAUGCAAUUGCCUAUAUAUUUUUUAAAAAAAAAAUAAUUUAUUUAUCAAAGGAUAAGAAACGAUGAGAGAAAUAUUGCUGAUAGAGAAAGAAAUAUUUUAGGAAUGAUGCAAGAAGGCCUGACUGCUUUACAUGAAAUUAUUGGCAGAGUCAAAGAAACUGGGACUGCACAUGUUGGAAAAGUCCAGACCAUGAUGACUGAAAAUAUCAAAGAUAUAACACAAAUAAUAUCAAGCAUAAAAGAUGGGCUAUACUCCAGAAUUGAAGGACUUGAAGAAUCCCUGCAGGAAGAAGCUAAGCUAAGGGUUGAACAGCAAGUUGCUGCUCACAACCACAUGCAGAGCAUAGCCCAAGUCAUUGAUCAAAAGACAGUUUCAUUAGAAAACCAAAUGAUGUCAAGCGAAAACAGGGUCAAAAGUUUGAUUUUUAGCAUGCAAAAUGAAGCUGACCAAAGAGACCAAGCAUGAAAUGCAUGAAAAGAAGAAUUCAAGGCAAAUCUUGAUUCCCAGAUAAGCUCAAUAAAUCAAAGGCUAGAAGACGAUUUUAAUGACUGCAAUAAGCGCUACCUAGAUGGCCGAGAAAAAUCUGAGCUUUAUUUAAGGGAGCUUAAAAGAGUCCAAGAAGAGUUCGAAAACCAGCUAGAGCAGGUAAAAAGCCAAAUAAAUUUCGAAGACGGAGUAGUUGAACAAAGGGUCAAAAAUUCUAUGAACCAAAUGUCUGACCAAAUUAACAAAGAACUCCAUCAAUUAAAAACAGACACCGAAAAAAAUAUAGCAAAUUUACAAUUGGAGCAGUCUCAAACUUUAGCUUCUAGGCUAGACCAGAUGCAGAAAAACAUGAAAUCUGAUAUGUUUUAUGGGAUUUUAGAAGAAAGUAAAAAGAGAAAAGAAGAAAUUUUGAUGCUAGAUGGCGUGCUAAAAAACAAGCUAGAAAAUAGCAAAAAAGAAAUGAUAGAACACACAAAACAAGAGAUUGAAAAAGUUAAUGGGAAAAUUGAGGAAAAUCAGAAUGAGAUAAAGGUUUUUUCCCUAUAUAGCCCGAUAAGGCCGUAGGUUCUCCGUGGAAUCCCUCUGCUGGUUGAGCAAACCAUGAAUUGGUCAAACCAACGCACUGAGUUGGUUUGACCAACAGAGGGAUUCCACGGGAACCCACGGCCCUUAUCGAACCAUAUAGGGAAAACCCCUAUAGGGAAAUGUGAGGAAUGAGGUAGAAAAUGUGAGGAAUGAUUUUGGGAAACUCUCAGAUCAGCUGUUUUCUGAAAUAGAAGACGCAAAAGAGCCGAUAAAACAAUGGACACAAGAAUAUGUGUCAGAAAUUUCUUCGAAUAUAAAUACAGAAACGCAGCUUGCAAUAGAAGUAGAAAGAGAAAGAGAAAAUAUAGAAAUUUCCCAUAGAUGGCGCUGUUUGCCCUUGAUUUGCCCAUGAGAAAAAUUUUUUGGUUUGACCAAACCAUAUGGGACUGGUCGAACAAAAAAUUUCCCCAGUGGGCAAAUCAAGGGCAAACAGCGCCAUCUAUGGGAAAUUUCUAUAUCAAUAAAGAGCUUGAAAAAGCGAAAGAAGAGCUGAGAAACGAAAUCCAGUCAGUUCAAGCAGCAUCAUCUUUAGCUAUUACAGCUGAAUCAAAUGGAAUUAAAAACACUCUGAAUGAGCAGAUAGCAAGUGAAAAAUUGGAAAGAGAAAAAAAUGCGAAAAAUUUUAUGGAGAGGCUUGAAAAUUUAUACCUUUAUAAAUGGUUAUUUCUAGCAUAAAAAUCAUAAUAAAUAGAUAGAAACCUUUAUAUUUGCGAGUUAUCUAUACCUAAAGGUAUAUAAGCCACAUGCUUCAAGAAGGGGUAACACAAAGCUCUGAAGCAGUCAAAGCUUUAUGCCGAGCAUUAAUUACCCAAGAAAUAGCUGAACGUAACCAUUCAGAAGAAGGGAUUCUAAAAAGCCUAAAUGUCAGAAUUUCAGGACUAGAAGACUUAAUGAAAUACUACACAUCCAAAGUGGCUGAAGAACUUAGAACUGAAACAUCAAAUUUCUUUAAAAAUGAAUCAAACGAAAGACAGCAAAUGGGAGAAAAAUCAAAAAAAGGGCAUAAGAAGCUAUAAUUUAUCAAAUAAAGUCUUAUAAAACACUUAUAUUACCAAUAAAUAAUUAAUAUAAAAAUGAUCAUUAAUUCUGAUAUUUUAAAAUAUAAUUAAUUACUAUAGCAUAAAAGAAAUAAUGAAAGAAAAUAGAGAAAGAAUCGAAGUAGAACGGUGCUUAAAAGACAUGAUCAACUCAGUCGUUGAAGACUACACUCUUAACACCAUAGAGCGGCAAAAAGCAGUCCUUGCAAAUUUAACUGGUAACUGGAUAAAAGACCUCCACAACGAAUUCCAAGACAAUUUCGACAAUCUUCGUGAAAGCCUUGGAAACGUAGAAAAUGAGUCAAAAGAAAGAAUUGAUGACCUAAAGCAGCAGCUAAAUAUAAAACUCGCUGUCAAAGACUGUGUAGAAAAUAUGAUUUCAGUUGUAGAAGUUAUGGAUAUGAAAGAUGGGCUUAUUGAUAACGACAACAAUAUCCAAAUCAUGUUCAGAAACCUAGAAAAAAUGGAAGAAGCCUUAAUGAAUGCAGCUAAAGAGACUGAAAUGUUUACUAGAAAAGAAAUAGAAGACGCAAAACAAGAAAUCGCAGAAAAAACUAAUAAAGAGCUGGAAGCAAUGAAACAAGAUAUAUUAGCCACAAGCAAAGAAAUUGAUGAUAAGGUAGAAGUUCUAUUUAAGCAGUCUGACGAAAACACUUUGUCGCUUGAAGAUCUCCAAGUCCACCAUAUCAUAAAUUCUAUGCUAAGCCACCUUGAAGGCUCAGAAAAACAAUAUAACUCUAUCUCAAUUAAGCUUCUUCUUGAUGAAGUUUCGCAGUUGAAAUCUCUUCUUACUGCAGCCCAAAACGAAAUUCAAACUGCAAUUGCUGAACAAAACCAAAAACUUGUGGACGUCCAAACCCAAAAUGUCCAGAUUUUAGAACAAAAUACAAAUUCUGAGCAAAAUCUGCUGAAUAAUCAUCAACAUCUAGCAUUAGCUCAUGAAGCAAUUGAAGAAACUAUAAAAGAAAUUAGAAACAGCGAGCUUGGUGCUGUAAAAAGUAGGCUGACUCAUAUAGAAACCCAUUUAAAUGACAAAGAGCCAGAAAGGCCAAAAUCAAACAGCUUGGCUACUAGAGUAGAAGCGUUUGGAAAUGAGGUAAAAGAGCUUCAUGAAGCCAUCGCGAAAUUACAAGCAGAUAAAGAAUUAAAAGAAAAAGCGACUGGAGAAAUUGCGAGCCACAUUAAUAGCCUGCAUAAUAAAAUAACUGAUGUACAAAAUGCAUUGAAAAAUGAGUUGGCAAGAAAUGGACAAGUCCAAGAGCAAAAUCAACAUAGUGUUAUGGAUCAGCUUGGCAGACUUUACCAAGCCCUUGAAGAUAUUAAGGCUCAGCGAAGCUAA